AAGCGGAAGUGUCAGAGCAGGCGGAAGUGGUACUGCCCUGAAUACCUUGAGCAGCGAGCGGAGGACGGCUUGAUAAAUUCCCAUCGUUCAGAGAAUAAAAUCGGGAUUCCUAGUACGCUCAAAAUCCUAAAAAUGGAUAAGAACGACCUGGUGCAGAAAGCCAAGCUGGCAGAGCAGGCCGAGCGCUACGACGACAUGGCGGCUGCCAUGAAGGACGUGACGGAGCAGGGCCUGGAGCUCAGCAACGAGGAGCGCAACCUGCUCUCUGUCGCCUACAAGAACGUGGUGGGGGCCCGUCGUUCAUCCUGGCGCGUCAUCUCCAGCAUCGAGCAGAAGACGGAGGGGAACGAGAAGAAACAGCAGAUGGCACGCGAUUACCGCGUGAAGAUCGAGGCUGAACUCCAAGAAAUCUGCCAGGACGUGCUGAACCUGCUCGACAGUUUCCUCAUUCUCAAAGCAAGUCAGCCGGAAAGCAAGGUGUUCUACCUCAAAAUGAAAGGAGACUACUUCAGAUACCUGUCAGAGGUGGCCUCUGGGGACUCGAAGAAGGACACGGUGGAGAACUCUCAGCGGGCCUACCAGGACGCCUUCGACAUCAGCAAGAAGGACAUGCAGCCAACACACCCCAUCCGGCUGGGCCUGGCCCUCAACUUCUCCGUCUUCUACUACGAAAUCCUCAACUCGCCCGAGCAGGCCUGCUCUCUGGCCAAGCAGGCUUUCGACGAGGCGAUCGCCGAGCUCGACACCUUGAACGAGGACUCGUACAAAGACAGCACGCUGAUCAUGCAGCUACUAAGGGACAACCUGACUCUGUGGACAUCAGAAAACCAGGGAGACGACGGCGAAGGCGUCGAAGGAGAGAACUAGAGCGCACUUCACUGUUAACCCAUCCCCACUCUCUUCCUCCUCCUCUUAUCUCUCUUCCUCUUUCUUCUCUUCUUCCUCUCUUCGUACACAUAAACAGCCCGUUCAUUCCCUCGUCUCACUUUUUCAAGCCCGGCCUCCCGAUUUCCCUUCUGUAUAACCAACAGCAUGAAUAGUACCUGACCUUCACAAACGGAUUUAAAAAAAAAAAAAAAAAAAGGAGGGGGGAAAAAAGAGAAACUCAUCAGCCCACGAUCCCUCCGUCCCUCCUCCCGCCCCCCCUCGAUGAUGGCACUCCAAGGCAGGCCAGCAGACUAAAACCCCUGGCCAGUCUAGUCUUAUAGCACGCACGGAGGGUUUUUAUCCAAAACCACAAAUCAUGUCUUUUAGAGCCCACAUUCCCCCGUUUUUUACCCCCCUCAUUUAAUCUUCCUCCGUUCCUUCUGUUCUUCCCUCACUCCUCUUCCCUCCUUCCUAACAUCUCAGUACGUUCUCUCACCCUCCUCCCUCCCCCUCCUCUCUCUAGCGAGUUAAUGCAUUUAUAUAGUUGUCCAUCCCUUCUCUUUUGGCUUUUUAGUGUACUGGCAAAUGGCUGGUUUUAUUCCACUUUAAACAAAACAAAAGGUUAUUAAACUGUCCGAUUAUUUUCAACAAACACUGUGAUGCUUAGUUUUUCCUCCACCUCGCCACCAGAUCCUCGUUUGAUGGCGAAAACAAUAUUCAGCUGGGAGGGGGUGUGUUUGAACAGCAGUGCAAUUCUGCUGAGGUUUAUACAGAAGGGUCCUCCUACAAGGCUGUAUUGUGACACUGACAAAUCUAAAAACUAAAGUGUUUUAUCUGCUGCGUAAUCAAACACUCACCAUUUUUAUUUCACUUUCUAACCCGGACCCCGACUUUUAUUUGACGCCAUUCUGCAUAUUUCCCGCUCGGAGCUAAAACUGAUUUGAAGCAUGAUUUGAAAGCUAAAAAGCGUACAUUCCAUCUUAAUGUUUGAGAAAACUUUGGACAUUUUCACGACAAACGGGAUCCUCGGAUCCACCUCCCGCCAAGGUGCCGUUGAACAUCAGCACGGCGGUCCCUGACGUUAAUUCCCGAACACGUUCAUUUCCCUUUGCGGUUGCGUUCCUCUUUUUCUGUGUGUGUAUAACAAAUCAAACUCUUCUUUCCAGUUUUUGAAAACUGUAAAAUUGUAAAACAUUUUUAGAGCUUAACUGUAAAUCUGUCUUUUGGAAAACGAAACGGUUUGUCGAUGUUGUCCGUUAACACCUGCUUGCAAUGAAAACCUUGAAGCCGUUACAGUCAGCUGCUGUUUGAUGCUUUGGCAUUUUUUGACCAGAUCAUUUUUUUGGUACUUUUUCUCUCUCCCCUCCCUCUUUACGCCCCCUAGCUGCUUGUACAGACGAGUCUAGAAAAGCCCCACGUUUCCACUCGCUGCUGAACGGUGUGAUUGCACACAUGGAUGCAUGCCGUCAUUUAUCACCACGUAAAUCUGCUGCAAGCGCUGAGUGGGGAAUUCCACCCUCUGUGGAUCGGCACUUAAACUUCCUGCUUCCUCGUUUCCAAAUUGUGAGCGGCAGCGGCGGCAGUCAGGCCUGGCGUCAUUCCUGCGACCUGAUUAAUCUUGAGCAUCGGUUUCGGUGAGCUCACCUGACGUGUCAGAUGAUUUGUCACGCAGAACAGGAAGUGUUUGGAUGAGCCAUCUAUCACAGUCAAUCACAGGCUAAUUUCAGCCAAUCGGAUCAUGGCGAUGUUGAUGCUGAACGCUGGUCAGUCAGGGAAAGAGUGAAAACAUUGUUUCCAUGGAGAACUUCUCCAUCUUCUCUCUCCUUUCAAUGAAGAGAUAAUCUCCAGUGCUGAUUUAAAUUAUAAACUAGAAAGAAACGAGGAAGUGAUUUUUAAGCGUCACCGAACUGUAGUUUGGAUCAUGGUUAAUGUUUUCCGGCUGAAGUUCAUAAACGUGUCAAGUCCACCUUUUAGAUUAUCCUCCGACUGCGUUUAGAAAAGAGAGCCGUCAGCAGUCUUUUGUGGCUCGCUUUCAGAUCUGAUCUUUUACAGUGUGAACAUUCGAGCUGGCAAAAAUCAGGCUACAGCCUGCCAAUAGCAAGAUACUGUCCUUGUUCAAAAGCAGUUCUAAUCCAAAACUAAACUAGUCUUUGGUCCCAAACUUUGAGAAAUCUCGGCUGACCAGAAUGCAGACCCGCGAGUCUGCCAGAGGAUCCUCUUUUUCUUCAAAAGUAGAACUAGUUCAGGAAAUAUUUUUUUCGUCUCCACUCAGUGUCACAAUAACCUUGUCAUCAACCAUCUCGACAUUCCACUCUGUAGGUGUAGAAAAGUCAUGUGUCUCAAUGUUUUUUUUUUCUUUCGCUGGGGACAAAUGUUUUCAUGCACUGAAGUUUAAAAGGUUAAAAAAAAAAUUAUUCCUCCCUGCCGCUCUUUUUCUCGUUAGCUGAACAAAAAGGCAGUUAUUCUACGCUUUAUAAGGAAAAAAAUGAUCCCAUGCAGUAGUGAAUGUGGCACCGAGCCUGUCUGUAUAUCUGGUAUCUCAAAUCAUUUUGUUUUUACUGACCAGUAUUCUGCUUAAAAUAAAAAGAAAAAAAAAAAACAACCCAAAAAAAACAACAAAAAUUUUUUUUGCUUCUGUGACGGUUUUAUUGCUUAGCGCGCACGUGGUUGUGAAAACUUAGACUUAGCUCAAGGACACCAAUAAAAUGAGAAAAUGACAAAAAAGAAAUACCCUUCAACACCUUUCCCCCACCCUGGCUAUUGACGUAAUAUUAGAUUUGUGUAUGUCUUUUAAAAAAAAUGCAGCUCUAGUUUCACCUUACAUGUUAUAAACAGGACAAAAUGUAAAAGACAAUUUAAAGUGAAAUAAAGGUUUUAUCAGUUCCGAA